GUGCCAUGCUCACUAUGCGUUUAGGUUUAGCUCUGUGCGCUUUCACACGAACCUGGAGACACUGUUGUGUUUCUAAACCAGUCCGAAGCUCCACACUGAGCUGUAUCAGUCGCUCUUAUUCUUCUAUACCAACACAGAAAGCCAUGAGGGACAUGGAGGAGCUCCUGCGCAGGACAGUGCCACCUGUACCCACCUAUGAGACCCGAGACAAGUCACCUCCACCCCCCGACUCUAGCAGCUGGGACUUCAUGCACUUCUACAGAAAGCUGGAUAAGGAGCAGAGACUGGAGUUUCUGGAGAUCUUAUCGCGGGAGUAUGGAGUAGAUCACAAAGGGGUGUCGGACAUGGCACGCAGGCUGGUAGAUACACAGAUGCGGGACCUGGCUACUAUUUUACAGGCAGAAGACAGACUGAGAUACAGUUUAACCCCCAGAUACAAACAUUUACUCUGUCACAUCAGCAGGGCAGAGGGGGGAGUCAAGUUCCUGGUGGAUCUCCGAGCUGAUCUACUGGAAAUGACCAGUAGAAUCACUGACAGUCCACAUUUAAGGGAUCUGAACAGCACUUUGAAGAGCCUGCUGUCUGAAUGGUUCUCCGUUGGGCUUCUCCGGCUAGAGAGAAUCACUUGGCAGUCCCCAUGUGAGCUCCUUCAGAAGAUCAGCCAGUAUGAGGCAGUUCACCCGGUGCGUAACUGGACCGACAUUAAACGCAGGGUUGGACCUUACAGACGCUGCUAUGUCUUCACACAUGCAUCGAUGCCUGGAGAACCUCUGGUGGUCUUACAUGUAGCGCUCACACAGGACAUUUCAGAUAACAUCCAGAGUAUCGUGAGAGAGUUUACCACUCUGGAUGCAGUAGAGGAGGUGGAGAAGAUCAGCACUGCCAUCUUCUACUCCAUCUCCUCCACCCAAACUGGCCUUCAGGGUGUGGACCUCGGGAAUUACCUAAUCAAGAGGGUGGUGCGAGAGCUGCAGAGUGAGUUUCCACACAUGUCUCAGUUCUCCAGCCUCUCUCCGAUUCCAGGCUUUACCUCAUGGCUCCAUUGUUUCCUGUCCCAGUACAGGAAGGAAGGCAGAGCGUCUGAGCUGCUCACUGAGCACGAGUGGAGAGAAGUAGAGGAGGUCACAGGGGCAUUACCUGGCACUUCUGCCCUCGAUGCUCUGCGUUCCCUCAUUACCUCUGGAGACUGGCAUCGGUCUGAAAGGCUAUUGCAGGCUCUGGAGCCUGUACUGAUGCGUCUGUGUGCCUGGUACCUGUACGGCGAGAAGCGCCGCGGCUAUGCCCUCAACCCUGUGGCCAACUUCCACCUGCAGAACGGUGCCAUGCUGUGGAGGCUCAACUGGCAUGCCGAUACCAGCGCCAGGGGCAUUGCUAGCUCAUGUGGCAUGAUGGUAAACUACCGGUACUUCCUGCAGGAAACAAGUGCCAACAGCAAAACCUAUCUGCAGAACAAAGUCAUUACAGCUUCAGAGCAAGUGCUGAGCCUGGUGUCGCAGUUCCAGAUGAAUAGCAAACUCUGAGUUCUGCAAGAACAAACAUUAAUAAAGAACUGAGAACUCUAGACCUGUUCGACAUCCCAAACAUCAAUCCAUCCAAACAACACAGGUCUGCACUAAAGAGUUUGUGUCUCUAAUAAAAUCAAUGUAAAUUGUAAUUAUUAAUGUAAAUAAUAACUUAAUUAAAGCCUUAGAGGGCUGGAUGUACAAAGUGUUUUUGCAUUGUUUAACCAUUAAAUCUUGUGUAUUAUACAUGAGUUUGACAUAUGUGCCUAAACGUAGCGUUUCUACAUUGUGUACUGUGUAAAUUUGCAAACCACACUUGUGUUCAUACAUUAGCAUGUAAGAUGUUGGGUGUUUUGCGUCAAUAUAUAUAUUUUUUUACAUUUGAAAAUUUAAAUAUUCAAACAGUAUUUCAUUCAAACUAAACACUACAGCCUUUCUUCUUUUGUACAUACACGUCUAGAUAAGUCAGGGUCGUAAAUACUAUGUGGUGAUGUAGCCAAAAGUAUUGGGUUACUGUCCAUGAGCUUGUUGGACAUCCUGUUUCAAAGCCAAAUGGUUUUUAUUCUAAAUGGUGUUAGAAUAGGUUGACCUUUCUAUUCAUUUCUAUUCUAUUUUUUCAGAUAUAACAACAGCCUUUCUGAGAAGGCUUCUCACAAGACAUACAAGUAUGUCUAUGGGAUUUGUGCCCAUUCAUUUAAUAACAAAAGCAUUUAAAGUCUGGCCACUGAUAUUGGUCAAGAACAAAUACUUAAAACUUGAAUUACACAGUUAAUUAUAUAUGUACUACAAAAUAUCUGAUCUUAAGUUCACUUCAAAUCAUUUUAUUUUGGGUUAUUUCUAAUGUUUUGUGUAUACUUCUUUGCUUUUUGACCUCAUAUCAUGAUAUAUGUGUGCCUACUAUAACAGAGGAAGUGCCACUAACAUUACUUGUCUUUUCUUCUAUGUAAUCCUGUUGAUUAAGACACAACACACAUUUCUGUUUUUGUCAAAUACAUAAUACAUUUUAUUUUAAAUGUGUAGUUAUUAUUUACAUUUCAUUAAAGUUUAUUUUUUUCAAAUAAA